AUUGUAAUGGCAGAGUGGAAGUGGUAAACAUCCACAGCAACAAGCAGCCAUCCACACAUCGACAACACCAUCGCUUCCACAAAGGGUACACUAUACAAAAGUCCAGAGUUCGGUCUUUUCCACCUACUUGCACCCGCUCAAUCUCCUCCAAUAAACCAAAUCACUACAGCCCAAAUGCCAAAUACCACUCUUCCAUCCGCUUCGAUCUCCUCCAACUUUCAAGCUCGCAAACCCUACCCACCACCAACGCACUCGGAUCUUGGUGCCUCUCUUCCUAAGAACAAUGACUCAUACAAUGUGCAUUUUCGCCAUCCAGGAUAUCCAGACACAAACAAUAUUCUUCUCGUAUUGCCAGCACUGGAUAGCUCUGAAGGGAGCAUUCAUCACGAGACGGCAAGGAUUGCUUGUGCGAUAAUCGCAAAUUGCACCUGGGAAGGAUUUUUGACAGAGACGAGAAAAGGACGACGAAUUGCAGCGGAGGCAGACUCCCUCCUAACGCUGAAGAAUUACUAUUUCCGGAUCAAAGAGGACCCUGAUGACGAUCCUAAAUACCCUAUCAUCCCAUCCUUUGCCCACUUUCAAUUCCCCCACGAUAACCUACCACCUUGUUGGAAAUCGGACAUCUUCCGCAUCCCUAGGUCCGACAUCUUACCACGACAGAGCGGCCUGACAGAGAUCCUCUUGUCCCGCGAUGUUUCUUGCAGAGUAACCAGCCACACUGAGGGCACGGAAGCUGCGCAUCUCAUUCCUCGGAGUGAGGAGCCGUGGUUCAGUUCAAACAUGAUGUUUCAAUACACUUCUCGUCCCGCCACUAUGACCGAUCCAACCGACGAUGCUCGAAACGCCAUUUUGCUACGAUCGGAUAUUCACACUGUGUUCGACCAGAAACGGUUGGUUGCUGUACCCAAAGGGAGUUCCUGGGUUGUCCAUGUCUUUGCCCCUGGCUUGACAGGAGAGCUUGCGAAACUAUACCAUAAUGUCACGCUGCAGCCACUUAUGGAUGUAAGCGUGGAGUGUCUGUU